CCUCUCCCCCGCCUUCCGACGCCAGGUGACCCGGAAGUCUUCCUUGGGUCGCGACUUUCCCUCCCACAAUCCGUAGCGCUCUUCCUUUCCAGCUUGGGCCCGGCAGAAUGGCUCCCGCAAAGAAGGGUGGUGAGAAGAAGAAGGGCCGUUCUGCCAUCAACGAGGUGGUGACCCGAGAAUACACCAUCAACAUUCACAAGCGCAUCCAUGGAGUAGGCUUUAAGAAGCGGGCCCCUCGUGCACUCAAAGAGAUCCGGAAGUUCGCCAUGAAGGAGAUGGGGACUCCAGAUGUGCGCAUUGAUACCAGGCUCAACAAAGCUGUCUGGGCCAAAGGAAUAAGGAAUGUCCCCUAUCGGAUCCGUGUGCGCCUGUCCAGGAAACGCAAUGAAGAUGAAGACUCCCCAAACAAGCUCUAUACUCUGGUGACCUAUGUCCCAGUCACCACGUUCAAAAAUCUACAGACAGUCAAUGUGGACGAGAACUAGCCAGUGAGUGUCAAAUAAAGCUAUAAAACUGCUUUCAUGUUUGGGGUUUCCUUUUUUUGUAAAUGUAUUUCUCUAAUGCUCUAACCUGGAGAACUCCUGUGAAUUCCUAUGCUACCUGGCCCUCAAGCAGAGUUGAAGGCUUUUUAAAAGGAGAUUCUGAUUUAAGAAAAUGGUGCUAGAGGUAGAGGAUUGGGAAAGUUAAACCAACAUGAAGGGUUUGGUUGCUUUGGGCCACUUCACACGUUUUAAGAAACUCUGCAAUGGUCCAUCUACAGAUGUAGUGAAAUAAAUGGCUGCAUGGC